AUGUACUCAAUAUUUGAGUUCCCAUUUCAGACGUCCAAUGCUUUCGUACAAGAAGGUAAUCCAAUUAUUACACCACCCGGAUGUGAAAACCUUCAUCAAGAAGUAGAACUCGGAGUUGUGAUUGGUAAAACUGCAAAGAAUAUCCCGAGGAGCGAAGCAAUGUCCUAUGUCGGAGGUUAUACUGUCGCUUUAGAUAUGACUGCAAGGGACUUCCAGGAUGAGGCUAAAAAAGGUGGAGCUCCGUGGUAUCUCGCAAAAUCAUUCGACACAUCAUGUCCUGUGUCUGAUUUUAUUCCCAAAGAAGAGAUAGAGGAUCCUCACACUGAGGAAUUGUUCUGUCGCAUAAAUGGAGUGGAGAAGCAGAGAUCCCGUACGGAUAUGAUGAUUUUCGACAUACCAACUUUGAUAGAGUACACUACUCGAUACGUUACGUUAGAAGAGGGUGAUGUGCUCCUGACAGGAACACCUGCUGGUGUAUGCCGAGUGCUUCCCGGAGACACUAUAGAAUUUGGCCUCGAAGGUCGGAUCGCGACCAAAUUUGUUGUACAGUGA